AUGGCGACAGUGUCAGUUCAUGCUCUGAGCACCGGCCACAUUACGAUUCCUGAAAGAUUCUUUGUGGUUCCAGCAGACCCUGUUGCCAAACGAACAGUGCCUUCGUUGUCUUUCUUGGUCCAGCACAAAGAUGCGGAAAGCGGGAAGGUCACGCGAAUCGUCUUCGACCUGGGUAUGAGACGAGAGCUCGACCUAUACCCGCCAGCUUUGACUGCUCACUUGGCCAAUAGAGGACCAGUCUCUACGCAUCCAGAUGCGGUCGCUUCCCUAGCAGCUGGGGGGGUUCGCGUGAGCGAUAUCGAUUACGUGAUAUUCAGCCAUGUACAUUACGAUCACGUCGGACUUCCACGGGAUUUUGAUGACGAUAAGACCAAGUUCAUCGUGGGCAACGGGGCUCUCGAUCUUCUCAGCGGGAAGACGCAACUCAACUUGGGGAAGCAUUCGGUCUUCGAAUCGGAUUUGCUCCCGCUGGACAGAACGAUAGAACUACCUCCUCCAGACGGGGGGAACUCACAAUUCUCAUGGAAACCAUUCGCUAGCUUUCCACAUGCGAUCGACCUCUUCAAGGACGGCAGUGUGUACAUUGUCAAUGCGCCUGGGCACCUCCCCGGACAUAUCAAUCUCGUGUGCAAGAUCUCCAGUCAACCGGCCAAGUUUGUUUGUCUAGCCGGGGAUUCAUGUCACGAUGUUCGCUUGUUGACGGGGGAGUGCGACAUCGCGACAUGGACGGACGAAACAGGGCGAUACUGCUGCAUGCAUGUAGACAUUCCACGGUCCAAGGAGACUCUGGCUCGAUUGUACUCGGCGUCAAAGGAGGGCAUCAAAGUGGAGGGAGAAGAAAAGCCAGCAGAGUUUGAAGUCAUCUUUGCCCACGACUUCGCGUGGGAGGAGAGGGCGGUGAAGGAGGGGAAGUUCUGGCCGGGGAAAUUAUGA